AUGACUGAAUUAUUUAUCAGGAAAUCACGACGGAAAUGUUGGAUAUUCCUCUGUUUAGUCCUCAUUGUGUACACAAUUGUGAUGUGGAAGAUAGGAAAAUCUCAAAACUAUACCAAGGAUAUCGUCGAGAAGAUUUGGGAGGUUGAUUAUGUCCCUCCUCCAGCUCCUGACCGACGCUUCCUGAUCGAUCUCAGUGAUUUUGAUUACCUCAUCAAUCAGAAAUCGUGCAGACAAUUGGGAGUUAAGCCAAAGUUCAUCAUCUUGAUUCACAGCGCGCCGCGAAAGCGGGAAAACAGAGACAACAUUCGACAAACCUGGGGAGGAUGGAAAAUCGAUCAUCGCGUUCUGUUUCUCUUGGGAACCGUCGAAUCGCAGGACUUGCAGAGAGAAAUCCAGACGGAAAGCGACUUCUUCCAAGACAUUGUUCAGGGCAAUUUUGUGGACACUUACAGAAAUCUUUCCUACAAACACAUCAUGGCAAUGAAAUGGGCCACAGAAUUCUGCCCAGAAACUCAAUUCAUCUUCAAAUCAGACGACGAUAUCUUUGUCAACACUCCUUUUAUCCUGAAGUUUGUAAACAGGGUUAGUAAUACAAGAGAUUUCAUGUUCUGUGUCAUCAGUUGGAAACCUGGAGUGAUCAGGGAUGAGAGAUCGAAAUGGUACGUUUCUCCUGAAGAGUAUCCGAAUGCGACUUAUCCUGUCUACUGUCCAGGAUGUGGAGUUCUUCUGACGACUGACGUGGCUCAGAAGCUCCACAAGGCGGCAGAAACCACACCCUUCUUUUGGGUGGAUGAUGUUUAUGUUCUGGGAACUCUGCGUGAGAAGAUCAAGACCAGAAUUACCGCGACUGGAAACCUCCAUAUGGGAUCUCGCAUUGCUGAUGAGAUUUUCACCAAUAAGCGGAAUAUCACAGAUGCUGAUCAUUUCAUGUUCAGUUUCGAAUUGAAAAACAACCAGAUUAAACAAUUGUGGGAAGUAGUCAAAGUGUCUCUCAACAAGGGAUAUUACAAUUAA